UGGAUCGUAAUGAAAUUAAUCCGUUACGUUAUGAUGUAUUAGGUACUCUAGGAUAGGAAAAAGGCUCUACACAUAAUUUAAUUAUGAUCUAUUCAGAGCACGAAAGAGUAACUAACAUCCACGCCACACAAUGAUUGUAUGUUGAAAAAUUCUAAAACCCACAAAGCGAUUUCGGUCUGACCCGGGAAUUGAACCCCAGACCUCGUGUUACGAAUAUGCAGUUUCAUAUGCAUUUCAUGCAAAUAUGUUUAAUCUAAUUAUAUUGUUAAUCUUUUAUCUAACUAUUGCACUGGUCCAAUAUUUGUAACUCAUCUUCACUAAACAUACAUACAUUUCAUAAUCACCUUUGUCAUGUCAUCGUUAUUUAGGAAAACAUUAACAGUGCCUGCAAUUUUAAACCAAGUUUCUGAAGUAUUUCGUAACCAUAAUAUUAGUAUAACAAAAUAUCUUGAAAUCCCGCCAAAUGAUUUAUACGUAGCAUCCAUGGUAGUAUCCAAAAAUAACACACCAGAGCUUUAGUUGCGCGCUAUCGUGCUCGCAUGUGGCGUGCUAACAGUUGCUUAUUAUUAAAGCUAAACAUAGCAAAGUAAUUAUUUUUCUCUCCAGAAUGAGUGCUAAUGCAGCUUGUCUGCCCUGUCCAGUUUGUGCGCAUAUUGGUGUUUUUGAAUCAGUGCAGUCAUUAAGAGACAGAUUAAUACAUGUAUCAACAAAUAAAUUGCUGUGCCCAGUUUGUCAGGAAGAAGUAUUUGGCUUGGACAAACUAACAAUACAUUUGUUUAGCCACGUGAAACUAUUGACCACUAAAAGCAAAGAAAAGGAAAUGCCUAUGGUUAUCAACGAAAUAGUGAACUCCGAAAAUCAAGCUAAGCCGCAGCAAAAGAAACCUAAAUCGUGUGUGGUUAAAAAUAAAUCUCCGUCAUCUGCGACAAAUGCUCCUGUUAAAUUCGUGAAAAUUUAUCCGAAACUACCAGUUAUAGCAGUAAACACGGUACCAGUUGUAGAUAUAAGAAAUACGGAAGGCAGUGAAGGUAGCAAAUCAAUUAUUGUUAAAACAGAAGCAGCCUUAGUGCAAGCAAAUACCACUUGUAAUAUCUGCAAUUUGCAGUUUAUAGAUGCCAAUAUUUUGAGGAUGCACAGAUGCUUAAUUCACAACAUUGAUGAAAAUUCAAAUCAAAGUUUUACCAGAUACCACUGCCAUUUAUGUCCAAAAAAUUUCAAGAUGAGAGGGUCUCUUAUGGUACAUUUGAGGGUAGCGCACUUCGGAUUUUUGUCUGGGAAUUCCAAUUCUGAGACCAGUGUCGAUAAAACGGAUGGUGGAAACCCAGAACACCAAGAAGAAAAGCUAUCUAACAUUGAAAGAAGCGAUAACAAACAAUGGCAAUGUGAUGUGUGCCGUAAAUGCUUUACAACCAAAUAUUUCCUGAAGAAACAUAAACGUCUUCAUACAGGUGAAACUCCGUACGCAUGUACGCAAUGCAACAAAACGUUUACAUUUCAGCAAUCAUAUCACAAACAUCUUCUGUAUCAUAAUGAUGAAAAGCCUCACACAUGUAGUUAUUGUGGGCGCGCUUUCAAAGAACUGUCAACACUCCACAAUCAUCAACGUAUCCACACUGGGGAAAAGCCUUUCUCGUGCGAAACAUGCGGUAAAUGUUUUCGUCAGCGUGUCUCGUAUUUGGUACAUAGACGUAUACACACCGGUGUCAUGCCGUACAAGUGCACAGCUUGCCAAAAGAGUUUUAGAUACAAAGUAUCACAGAGAACUCAUAAAUGUCAAGCGCAACCACCAGGGACAGUUGUGCGACAGUCUGGGGAACUAGUUGAAAAACUUAAACAGAAACAUAAUGAACCCGACAUCACAUCGUCAGAAAAACAGCUUACUUCAAUAGAAAACCUGAAUUACACGGAUGUUUCUGAGGCAAAUGCAGAGUUGGUACGCACGGGAGCCAAGUUGUCACUAGAAGAUAUGGAGUCUGAACACUUUUCCUUGAUUGCUGAAACUUACAACGAGAACGCAGUCGAUGGUAAAACUUCUUCGCAACAAUUGUGUGCUGAGGAAGUAUUGGAUAAGUGUGACAGUAGUAUGUUCAAUCAAAAUAUAGAUGAUUUAAUUGACUCUAUACCUAUACAGGAUAAGAACAUACCCUCCCCAUCUGAAAUCCUUAAGAAUUUAUGUCUUUCCAAAGAAGAAGAUUAUAUAGGAAUUCUUCAACAAGACGAAGAUAAAAGCUACAGCGGUUGCAAAGAUUUCAACGUUUUUCUCUGAAUUAUGCGGAAUAAAGAUUUUUUUUAUG